AUGGCCGCCAAACGCAAAGCUCAAGCCGCUACGCUCGUGGAAGCGCCGCCCGCCAAGCGCUCGACGCGCAGCAGCACCGCCAGUGCCUCGACGGCCCCUGCGCCCGUGGCCGACACCAAGCCGACACCCAAGGCCAAGACGGUCAAGUCGACGACCAAAGCCGCGGCCAAGACAUCGACGAAGGCGACACCCGAGACCAACGAAACCACGUUGACGCCUGCCGCCAUCAAGGAUGAGGAAGACUUUCAGC